UGUUCUGAGGGAUCGAUUGGUUCAGUCUGUCCGCUGGUUCAGUCUGUGUCUGUGUUCGACUCGUUCUGUCUGUCGUGAUGGCGGCGAUCAGCGUGUGUCGAGGGAUUCUGAAGGAGAUCCGGAUCGCGAAGGGUUCCGAUUACAAACAAACUCUCAUUUAUAAGUAUGUGCUGGAGCAGUUCAGGAGAAACCAGGUGACCGGAGCCCAGCUGUGCCGCGCGCGGAUGGAGGCUCUUCACGCGGCGCAGACGUACGGCUGUCUGCUGAGCUCCACGCGGCUGCACCUGCGUCUGCACCAGCGCUAUCACGCGCGGGGCGAGUGCCGGACGGACCAGGCCGCGGGACUCGUGGGGCUCCGGCUCCCGACACAACCCGGCGGCAAGGGCUGGGAGACGUGAAGACCCGACGUGUGUGUGUGUGUGUGUGUGUGUGUGUGUGUGUGUGUCAUCUCUGUUCUGAGCUCUAGUGCUUUCCUCUUCUAAUAAACAAACUAAGAUCAUUGAACAAAUAAA